CUUCAGUAGUUUAGCUAACUAUCUGUACAGGAAAACGCGUGUAAAUAGUGUUUAGAUCUUUUGACUUGCCCCCUAAAGCAAAAACUAACAUUCAGCCCAUAGUUUUUGAGUACUUGUAUCUAGUUUUUGAGCACUUGUUAUCACGAGCCUGGAGUGAAUUGGGCAGCCGCGCUGACAUUAUUCCAUUAAAAUAAAUAUUUCUAUGGUUGUGUUGAACAGCUUCGAGCAGGAAUCCAAUCCUAUGCAACACAGGGACAGCGAAGCGUCAACUUACGACAGCAGACAAGCGAAACAAUACAGCCGAUUGCAGCGCAAGGAAGGGAGUUGAUACAAGUCGAAGCAAGACAAAUGCAACAAAUUGUUACACGACGGCUAACAAGCGAAUUGAUGAGACAACCCAAUGCAACACCAACUGGUCCAUACAUUCCCCCAGGCCAUCUUCCGAGCAGCUUGUUCGAUCUCUAGUCCAAUCCAAAGCAUGCAGCCUACUAUCGAUAAACAGAUUCUUGUAGCUGGAGGCGACAAGUCGUACGAAAUCUUCAACUGGUCCACUCAGAAAUGGACUUUGUAUGAGGACAGUUUUUUUUUUACCAUAAUAAUGCAUUUUCGUUCCUUUAUGAUAACAAGAUUAUGAUUUGUGAUGGAACACACACCAACAGAGUGGAAUGUUUGCAUAUCACCAAUAAUAGAUCUCUCAGUACCUUUCCUGCACAAUUACCUGGUACAGAUUGUGGAAAAGGAGUUCUUUGUGGUGACAAAAUACUGACUGUCGGCAAGUCUGUGUCGGCAACAUCCCUUAAACCUCCAUUUAAAACCACAGUUCUUGCUUCUUAUAAUGAAAGGGGGAAAAUGGCGUGUGGAAAUGGAAUUGCUCGUGUCAACGAAAACGCCGUGGUCCUUGUUGGUGGUUGCGACCGUCCCACUCGCAGCUCGCUGGAUCCAAAAGACGGUGUCUUGCUAUAUAACAUGACAACCAAACAAAUAGAAGAGCUAGCACCAUUGCCCUACCGAUUGUAUGAUAUGGCUGUAGUCGUUCAUAAUGACAAUAUCAUUAUACUGGGCGGUAACAAGAACCAAUAUGACGUGUGUAACGAUGUUUUGAUGUACAACAUCACUAAUCAACAAUGUUCGAGGUUGCCGAGCAUGUUGGAAAGGAGGUAAGACACUUUUGUUUGAUUUGAUAUCAUCUUCAUGUAAUAUGGUAAGCAUAUUAUACAAAAUUCGAGAGCGUACUCAAAUUAGCCAGGAUUACGCCUUUCUAGUUCGAAACCAAUUGUACGAAUUCCGAUGUGAACAAGUGGCAACUGACGAAUUUGCAUGCGGUUUCAAUUAAAUAUUUUCAAAGUCACUGACUGAAGUGGUUAAAAGAGGGUAUAUAAUUUAUGUUUUUAGAUCAAGAUGUGCAGCAGUAAUUAUGGGAGAUACGAUCGUCGUUAUGGGAGGAAAUUCUGGAGAUGAAAUUAUAUAUUCGCCAUUAUCUGAGCGCCCUGUGAAUCCCAAAACAGCAGAAUACCUGGUACUGGGUGAAGACACAUGGAAAAAUCUUCCAUUAAUGCAUCAUGAAAGAGUUGGCGCAACCGCAUGUCUUCUUCCAUGAAAAUCAUACAGUACAUGUAUGUACAUGAACAGGGAUGUGUUCGUAUAAAGAACAAUCCCACUGACAAUCUAAGCGAUAUAGUCCCCUUAAAAUUAAUUGUUGUAGUAAUUGGUAUCGAGUCAGUUAAAACGUGUUUACAUCUAGUUAGGACGGACCUAUUACUUGAACUUGAAUUAGGUUACCGAACAUAUAAUUAUAUCGUAAGAUUUCGAGUAUUAUUAAUUAUGACAUAUUGCAUAUAAUGUCUUAAGCACCAAUGGGGCUGGUACUUUUGUCUCCCCUGGGAAGAGCACGUAAUCAAAUCCAUAUUUAAUCUAUGCACGAAAGCACAUAAUGAAGUUUAUAUUCACGACUUAUUACUCGCUGGGGUACCUGUGCCCCGGAC